AUGGGUCGUUGUCGAGAUCCAUUAGAAUGGUCUGCACGUCAAAAAAUUGCUGUUGGAGCUGCCCGAGGGCUGCGAUAUCUUCAUGAGGAAUGCAGAGUCGGUUGCAUCAUCCAUCGUGACAUGCGGCCUAACAACAUCCUCAUCACGCAUGAUUUUGAACCCCUGAUAAGAAAUGCCCUAAUGGAGGUUGGAGACUUUGGAUUGGCCAGAUGGCAACCUGAUGGAGACAUGGGAGUUGAAACAAGGGUAUUUGGCUCCAGAAUAUGCCCAAACUGCCAGGUCACUGAGAAAGCUGAUGUUAUUCAUUUGGGAGCUUGUACUGAAGAAAAGCUGUGGACCUUAAUCGGCCAAGGGGUCAGCAGUGCCUCACUGAAUGGGUAA